CGUGUAAAAUUCGUUGUACUUUUACAAAUAGUUAUCUGCACUUUUGUCGAGAGCAAAAUAAGUAACGAUAUUUAUAAUGAAAAAAUAAAUAUCAAAACAUUAAAAACUGAUAAAAAUUUCAUAUUUGGAAAAUCUGUGACAGAAGUAGAAAAAUCAGUAAAAUCUUUUAUAUUAUUUUUAACAGUUCCAUUGGAAAAACAUCUAUUACAGGACUUUAGGAAAUGUUCAUUUAAAAAUAAUUUUAAAAAAGCAAUCACCAUUUCCAGUGAAAUUAUUGUGGAAAAUAUACGAGCUUUUCGGAGAAAAUUGGGAAUUUUCAAAAAUAAUAAUUCAAAUCCUAUUAAAGUAUCAUUAUCCGAUAGGAAUAAUACUUUGAAAAGUAACAUAAUUCAAAAUGGAUUAAUAGUUGCAACAGAAUUUAUGGAUCUUGUCACAGAUAUCAAUAAUAUUGGUACGAAAUUCUUUUUUGAUAAUCAAAACUCAAUGAUAAAUUUCAAUGUAAAAUCAAAUUUACCAAUUAAAGAUUUAUUUCUUUUUACAAGUAAAUUUUUUAUUUACAUCGAUUGUGCAACUAAUGAUACUAAUAUUAAAAGAGGUAUCAAAUAUUUAUAUUCACAUUCUUCAGUAGUGGAUAAUUUGAAAAAAUAUCUCAAAACACCGCCUAAAAAUCAAAAUACAUUUCAAAAUUUGUGUUAUUUUUUUGCAAAUAUAUUCCCAGGUGGAUAUGAUAAAUGUAUGCAAAAAUUAAAUAAUGCAUAUUCUUGUAUACAAUAUCAAAUUCCAAUACAAUUAUCGCAAGAGGGAACAGAAAGUUACGAAAUUUUGGAAAAUAUGAAAAAAUUAUUUUCCAAAAAAUGGAUGAACAAUGUACGAAUUUUAAAAUCUGAAUGUAAAAUAAAAAGAAAUGAAUUGAAAUGUGAUUUUAAUAACAAAAAAUUAAGAAGUACAAAAAAUCAAGUAAAAUAUAUUAUUGAAAAUUUUUUCGGCCACAAAAUAGAAAGUGAAUCUUUAUCUAAAAUAACUAACCAAUUUUCAAGUGUGAUGUCCAAAAAUUUAGUGACAAAGAGAAUAAUUCGUAAUUGUUGUGAUUAUAUCAUGAUUUGGCGAGUUGGACAAAAAAAAUUGAAUAUUCUUAAAAAAAUGUUUAAAAAAAAUCCACAAGUUUUGAAGGAAUAUAAAAAAGUGUCGAAAUCUUUUUAUAAUUACAAAAAUGGAGUUAUUGAACAAUUAUUAAAUGCUAUUGUUGUAUUUAAUCAAAUUCCUCUCUAUUUAGAAAAGUCAUUAGUGAAAAUUUUAUCAAAACAAUCAAAUCCGACACUUUUUGGUUCAAUAUUGAUGUAUUUAUCAAGAUUAAUAAGAGCAAUUUUUAAUCGUGAUUCUAGUUACAAGUUUGACGUUGAUUAUUAUGAGAAUUCUAAUGGUCUCACUGUAAUUCAAGAAGAAUUUCCUUAUUUUCAUCAAAAAAUGUCAACAGAAGAUCUUUUUGACAACAUGCUGAGAACGAUGAGUCAUCUAAAAAAUCGAGAUUUGUCAAAGAAAAAUUCAGUUUUCAAUGGUGGACUUACAAAUAUUUUAUUGGUACUAAUGUUUCUCGAGACACUUUCUGCAGUUACAUAUUUAAUAUCACAAAAUAUUAAUAUUUCACAACCAUUUCCUGUGGAGAAUGAAGAAAUACCAGAACUAGAUUCAAAUGAGAACGACAGUGAUGAUAAUGAAGAUGAAAAUAUUGAUGAUCAAGAAGAAAUUGAAGAUGAAGAGACGGAAAACGAAGAAGAAGAAGAAGAAGAAGAAGAAGAAAUUAAAGAAAAAAUACCUUUAUUUCAAUUUGGAAAACGAAAAAAACGAUUCCUUUACGAUUUCAAUUUUUCAAAUUCCUCUAUAUUUACGUAAAAAAAUUUUUUUUUUUCAAAAUCAGAAAAUUCGAAAAAAUUUUGAUUUAAAAUAAAAUUCAUAUAAUUAUAACUGACAUAUUAUUUUUUACUACCUUCAUAACUGUUAUCAUUUAUUUCACAACUAGAACUAUUAUCAAAAGAAACAAAAUCUCUGCAGUUCAGAGAGAUAUCAGAGGC